AACAGUAAGUGGUUUGAGCAUGGUGGGGAGUAGGCUCAUUUUCUCUCUAUGUCUUGUGCUAAAUUUAUCAGUUACAGCCUUCAGCUCCCUCGAGUUCAGCAGAUAUGACUUCCCUACUGACUUCAUUUUUGGGGCCGGUACCUCUGCUUACCAGGUUGAGGGAGCAGCAUUCCAAGAUGGGAGGACUCCUAGUACUUGGGACACCUUUGCUCAUGCUGGGCAUGCACAUGGAGCUACUGGGGACAUAGCAUGUGAUGAGUAUCACAAAUACAAGGAGGAUGUUAAACUCAUGGUGGAAACAGGCCUAGAUGCGUAUCGAUUCUCAAUCUCAUGGUCAAGGCUUAUUCCAAAUGGAAGAGGAGCUGUCAAUCCAAAAGGCUUAGAAUAUUACAAUAAUCUCAUCAACGAACUAAUCAAGCACGGAAUUGAACCACAUGUUACUCUAUUCCAUAUUGAUCUGCCGCAGGUGCUUGAAGAUGAAUAUGAGGGAUGGCUUAGUCGAAGGAUUGUGAAAGAUUUCACAGAAUUUGCUGAUGUGUGCUUUAGAGAAUUUGGUGAUAGGGUUUUACAUUGGACUACCCUGAAUGAAGGCAAUAUAUUUGUUUUGGCUGGGUAUGACAUGGGGUUUAUACCACCUCAGCGAUGCUCUCCCCCAUUUGGACUGAUCUUUUGUGCUAAGGGUAACUCCUCAUCAGAGCCAUACAUUGCUGGCCAUCAUCUCUUGUUAGCACAUGCAUCUGUUGCAAGAUUGUACAAGAAAAAGUACCAGGACAAGCAACAUGGAUUCAUAGGGAUCAAUAUCUUUGCUUAUUGGUUUGCUCCUCUAACAAACACCACGGAAGAUAUCAUAGCUACUCAAAGAGCUAAAGAUUUCUAUCUUGGUUGGUUUCUUGACCCCUUAGUGUCUGGAGAUUAUCCUGAAAUAGUGAAGAAGAAUGCAGGUGCUAGAAUUCCAGCCUUCACCAAAAAUGAAUGCAAACAAGUCAAGGGUUCAUUCGACUUCAUAGGAAUAAACCAUUACCUGGUUGUACACAUCAAGGACAACCCUGAGAAGCUGAAGACGGAUCAAAGAAACUUCGCAGCAGAUGUGGGUGUGGACAUGAUAUAUGCUCUAGGCCCGUCAGGUCAGUAUCCUGUUAUGCCCUGGGGUCUGCAAGGAGUGCUGGAAUAUUUCAAGCAAGUUUAUGGCAACCCUCCAAUCUACAUCCAUGAAAAUGGUAAACAGAUGAAAAGGAACACAACAUUGAACGACACAGCAAGGGUGGAAUAUAUACAGGCCUACAUGGGGGGUUUGCUUGAUGCAAUAAGGAAUGGAUCAAAUGCAAGAGGGUACUUCAUAUGGUCAUUCUUGGAUGUACUCGAGGUAACAGGUGGCUAUAAAUCAAGCUUUGGCCUCUACUAUGUAGAUUUGGAUGACCCAGAUUUGAAACGAUAUCCUAAGCUCUCUGCACAUUGGUACUCUGAUUUUUUGAAGGGAAAAAGCAUCACUCCAGAUGAGGCCAAUGACAUUACCAAGAAUAAAAUGGCUCUUUCUAAUGCUCGACCCAUUCAGUAGGUUCUGCUUUGAAUAGUCAUCUAUUGGUGCCUUCCCUUUCAACUGGCAUGUUGACAACUUAUCAACUCAUAUUAUCAGACAAUUUUCUUUCUUAAUAAGUAUAUUCAGUGAUUUCUCA